GAAACUCAUUCUCCUUUUGAGAUACUCACUCUCCUUUUGAGAUACUCACUCUCCUUUUGAGGUACACACUCGAUCUCGGCUGAAAUCUUCAACAAGAACUUCAACAAAGAUGGCAUCCACCCCACCUGUUUCCAUGGAAGCUUCUCCAGAGGCCAAGUGCAAAGGGUUUUCUCGUACCAUCUUGGAUAAAGCUAGAAAUGCUCGUCUUUUCAAACGGACAUCUAGUGAGCCAGCGGAAUGGCCCCGACCACCUACGCCUUUCGCAUUUGCAAAUAACAACGGUAGCUUUGGUGAAACCAGCAUCGAUUCCGAACUGUCAAUGUUGUCGACUUCCCCAGUGGUAGACACUGGACGGACGUCGCUACAGACCAUUCCACCAAACCCUGAAACUACCCCUCCACCGGCAACACCUGGCGACGUGGAUCAACAAGGUGAAGCGACUCCAGACUGCACAUCCGAGUUCUUCGGUGCGAUGCCUCGCCCUCAGAAUACUUCACGCUUGAUAAGAAACUGGCGUGAGCUCGAACUAUAUCGUCUCUCUCUCCGUCUUGGGGAGCGCUUCAAUUUCAACCAUGACUUCCGCUUCGACAUUGACAAUGAAACUCAAGGUGAAAUUCAGGGCUUCAAUUCCAUGGGAAGCUCUGCUUUGGAAGACCAGGAUACGAUCUUUAUGCCCAGUGGUUUGCAACAUCCAUACACGCGCAUCGCAGAAGUGGACAAUGAUGAUGAUUCUGAUUUGGCCAAUGGAAAUCCAUGUAUGUCUCCUUUUGGAAAUGGUGAGGCUAAACGGGAAAUGGUGCGGGCCACUGGUGCGGUCACGUCCCUGAACGAUUCAAGAUACCCUCCUGGGAUAGAAGAUAUCCUCAAGACUCCGGAGCAUCUAUUGGUUAGACCGGAACUUGGACCCCUGUUCCAGGCUGCUCAGGUGAACUCACAGGGUUCCCAAUCUAGCCAGCACGCCCCUUCCUCUCCAAUUGCAAGAAAUUGCACUGGUAUCGACUUUGACCCGAGCAUAUUCGGCCGGCCCGCCACUGAGAUCAUUCGACCACGAUACAGCCCUCGAUCUGUGACGCCAGUGCACCAGCAGCCGGGGAAUUGGGAUCUACGUGGUGCAAGAGCAGCCGUAGGUCAAUGGCUCCAGUUUUGCUCCGAAUUUCCAGUGCAGUACAAAGAAGGCCUCAUGGAUUACUUUGCCAAAUGGUUCAUCCCGCGGUCUUCUAGGAAGUACCUCGGUGCUGCGAAGAAAUUGUCCUCGCAUCUUGAACUUCUCCAGGGCGAUCUCAACAAGAUAGAGCUACUGACCACGUAUCAGGCCAAUAUGGUGGAACAAAUCGAAAUGGCGGUCCGUUCUUGCAAGGAAGAUAGCGACGCAGCAUACAAUGCCGCUGUGCAAAUGGGAGUUUCGCGUCGGGGCCUCUUAUUCGGCAAGGAGUUGGCCUGGAGGAGAUACAGAAUUGCGAAUCAGCCACGUUUGGAUAGGGCCACCCAGACCUUAAAGGUGGUCAAGGCGGAUGUGAAAAAAUUGAGGCAAGCACUGAAGAACGCCAGCUCUGCAGGUCCAAGUUAACCAAACCUCUGACUGACGGUGAAUCGGUGCUUGGAUCAUGGAUGCGGUGAUGGUGAUCGUUUUAUUGGCAUGAAUUUUGAAAAAGGGAAAAGCGAAAAAAAGGGAAGAAAAAGGGAGAAUAUGAUCUUGAAAGGGUGGUGGUGAUGAGUGGCGAUGUGGUGUCCGAGUCGGUGGGAGAGAUGAGGGCAGUCUUUGGUUACUUUUCUUUUCUGUGGCAUCCUUAUGGUUGCACCUGCCCUCUGCUCUCUGGCUUUUUGUGCGGUUGCUAUUUCUUGUUUGCCUGAGGUGUUUUGGUGUUUUUCCUUCCUUAUGUCGAGCGUCGUCGCUCUUUCCAGAAAAACAGAUCCAGACAUGAGCACCUACCUUCAUUGUCGACUCACUUUCGUUGUCACAUUCAUUUAAAAAUAUCAACUGCGUUGGGCCCGGGACAAAGAUAUCCCCCCAUUUUCAUCACAAGAACUUCUAUCAUAAAUUGCAUGGUGUUAGAUCA